CAUAUAGUUAAUUUGCAGUUUGAAGCCACCACCACCUUUUCGCUUAACCCUACUCUGACACACGCAUGCCACUAAUUGCUCAUCUUUAAACCAGCCCUUGCAGUCCAACAACCAUUCCAGAAGAUUGUGGAGCUGAAGCUUGGGUGCCAGGGAGACAUGGGCAACUGCAUGGAGAGAUGUGCUCCGAAGCAGCUGGAAGAAGAUAUGAAGCCAGCUGGAGGAGGAGAUGGACGAGCCAUCAAGGAAGGAAGUUGCAAGGUCAAGAUCUUGUUGACGAGGAAGGAGCUGGAAUGGCUGGUGCUUCAUCUGAAGGAGAAAGGGGAACAGAGGCUGGAAGAUGUGUUGUCGGAGAUGCACCGAGAGAUGGAGAAAGAGAGAGGAAAAGCUAAAGUGUGGAAACCUACGCUGGAGAGCAUAGAGGAGAGCCCAGUCGUACAGAACGGUCGUGUGGUUGUGUGAAUCUUCUUCUGCUUCCAACAGGAUCCUCCUCCUCCUCCUCCUCCUCCUGUGUUAGGGUUAUGGUGUGUCUCUCCAUGCAAAUAAUUUGGAGGGUAAGUACAAAUAGAAACUUGUGUGGGGUGAAGAUACUAAUCUUCUCAUUUUAAUGUCCCUAAUUAAGUACCACCUGUAAAUCCUGAAUCCUCCUACUAUACUUUCUGAAAUGUUGACUAUAUAUCAUUAUGAACCGUAA